AUGAACCUCACGAGUCAACUGAGAGCGGGAACCAUUACGUACGAAGAAGGAGACCGCCGGACAACCAUCGACCUCUGUCUUGUUACUGUAGCAACGUCGCUGCAUCUAGCAGUGACCGAGCUACAGCGAGAGAAGAAACGAAAAUGGGAAGCUGUUGAUAAGGAAACGUUUAUCGAGACUCUCCGUGGAUCGCUGCCGCAGCUACGAAGGCCAAGAACGAAGGCGGCGCUCGACAGAUAUGUAGAGACAACCAUAGACGCCCUCUCAGCCGCUAUCAAAGCCGCGGUCCCGACCAGCACCCUUUCACCAAAGUCUAGGAGAGGCUGGGACGAGCAGUGUGCAGCCAUCUUGGCCGAGACGAAGCGACUCCGCCGCGACCACAGCGAGCGACAGACAGAGGAGAGCUGGGAGGCAUACAGAACAGCACGCAACAGGAAAGGACGCAUCAUCAAGAAAGCUAUCCAACAAGGACACCGCGAAGCAGUCGAAACAGCGGCCGAGUCACCUAGAUCGCUGUGGAAGAUCGCCAAAUGGGCCCGGAACAGACAAAGCCAGCCGCCUACCGUUACGCCGGAAAUCAAGAAACCCAACACGUCUCAGGUCGCCACGACGCCUCAGGAGAAAGCAGCACUCUUCAAGGAGACCUUCUUCCCCCCUCCGCCAGAGGCAAACCUCGAAGACAUCGACAACGCAUCCCAGUGGGGAGAAAUCAAGCCCAAGACAACCUGUAAAUACCUCGGUCUCAUCAUGGACUCAGCCCUUAAGUGGAAACAACACAUCGACGAGACAGAACGUAAGGUCACGAACACCAUCACAGCACUCAGCAGUCUAGGCAGCUCCACGUGGGGCGUGAUGACGAGAGAGAUGAGGACGAUCUAUAGGGGAGUGGCAAUACCACAGAUGAUGUACGCAUGCUCGCUGUGGUCCAACAGCGGUUGGGGACAGAUGGGCUACACGAAAAGAACAUUAAACAGACUGCAGAGGCUCCAAGCCAGAGCAGCCAGGACAAUGUGCGGAGCAUACAGAGCAACCUCGUUCCCAGCACUGGAUGUGGAAAUGCACCUCCUGCCAGUCGAACAACAGAUAUGGAAACACAACAUCGACACCAACAGCAGAGUAGGCAUGGCCGAAGUCACCGCACGCAGAGGAAAGAAAAUUAGCCCAAGACAGACGAUAACAAACCGAAUACGCGAUGGACAAGAUGUUAGCAACGAACAACACGAACACGAGCACAUACCGCCCUUCAUCACUCCCCCGUGGUGGCGGGGACCGCGUAUCCACAUCGCCGGAGGCACGGAGCAGGCCGAAAAAGAACACGAACGUUGUCUGGAAAACAACACCGACGCAGCCCACAUCUAUACA